AUGGUUCAUUGGAGUGACUAUUUUUGGAGUGAAGGAAAUCGGGGUUUUGAGGUGUUAUCAAGUAAUGUUAAGUAUGGUGCAAUAGCUAUUGAAGAAUUUCAACGAUUUCUUAAUGAAAGUGCACAAUGUGAAUCAGUGUACUAUAAAAGUUUAUCUCGUUUACAAUCUCAACUAACAAAAAAUCAAUAUUUGGGCACAUUUACACCAAUAUGGAGUUUAAUACGUGAUCUAUUUGAUAAAAUUUCUUCAACACAUUCAGCAACUGUGAGUUUCUAUCAAGAAUUAUUACGUGAUAUUCAUAAUUAUCAAGAUUUAUAUCAAAAGAAAGUUAAAACACACAUACAAAAAGAUGGAGAUAUAUUACGUUCAGCUGAACUUAUAUCACAAUUACAUAAUUCAUUACAUAUAGUUAAUAAAGCUAAAGAACAAUAUCAUUCGGUUACAUUAGAUUAUGAACGAGCAAAACGUACUGGAAAUAGUUUAUUCAAUACUUCAUCAGCUACAUCACAAGAUAAUAAUUCACCAGGUCUUGCUCAAACAACAUUAAAUGCAUUACAAGCAAAUAAAGUCGAACGUUUAGAAAGAAAAUGUCGACUUGCUCAAGAUGAAUAUAAAUUAACAAUUGAAAAAUAUAAUUCAGUUAGAAAUGAUUAUGAAAAACGUUUUCAGGAUGCUUGUACAAAAUUUCAAGAUUUUGAAAUUGAUCAUAUUGAAAAAAUGCUUCUCUUUUCAUUAACUUUUUCUGAACUACUUCAACGAAAUCAUGAACAAAUAAGAUUAGCACAAAAUGAUUUUAGCGAUAAGUUAAAAUCAUUAAGUGGAAAUGAUCUUUUAGAUGGGUUUGUUGAACAAAAGAAAACAGGAACAGAUCGACCAGUUGUUUUACAAAUUGAAGAAGUUGAUAAUCUUAAAGCAUCAGCACCACCAACAAAUAACAAUACACCUGAUGUAUUAAGUGGUCAUGAUGAUUCAAAUCAAGUUGAUCAAUUAGAAUCAGGUGUACCUUCAUUCCAAGCUCAUUUUAAUGUUUCACCACAAAAUACAAAAAGUAGUGAUAAUAACAAUGCUAAUAAUAAUCGUGCUCGACAUCACUAUCAUCAAUUUUUUCAUGCAUUGUCACAACAUUCUGGUAACACUCAUUCAAAUGCACCAUCUCAUAAUUUAAUAACAUCUCCUACUGCAAACAUUACGACAACAUCUCCUAAUGUCACGACGUCUAACAAUCAAAUGUUGCGUUCGCCAGAACCAAAUAGUAGUAAUGAGCAAACAUCGAAUCCAUUUGAUGUCAAAAUAAGAAGACCAAAAUUUACAGGAUUUUUUGGAACAGGUCGUAAAGAAAGAAAAGAAAAGAAAAAUGAAAAAAAAACAUCUACAAAUACUAAAUCUACUAAACCUUCACAAGUUCAUCAAUCACGUGAUGAAUCAAAUGAAGUACAUCUACAAAAUUCUAAUUAUGAAACCAUUGAUUUUAAUAAAAAAACUGAUAAUAACGUUGAUUCUAUUCCAAGUUCUUUCAAUACUGAGAGAAAUAAAUGUUCAACACCAGAGCCAUAUACUCAAUCAAGUUCAACAAUGUUAAAAAAUGAAAACAAGCUUCAAGUUCGUCAUAGUGUAAAUCCACCGUCACUAUUAAAAACAUCAAAUUCAACUGAUACAAGUAGUGAUGAUGAUGAUGAUGAUGAUAAUCCAAUAUUGAAAAUUGAUUUUAAAAUAAAUCCAAAAGCAGAAAUUUUAUCAGAUGUAGAUGAUGAAACAAAAAUUGUUAAUGCGAUGCGUCUUAUUGAUAAAAAUAUGGGAAACUUUAUGACAACUUCUAGAGGACAGUCAAACAGAAAUCCAGAUUUGAACAAAUCAUUCUCAAUUGACCAACUUGGUACAAGAACACUUCCACCAUCUAUUCCAUUACGUGCAGCCUUAACUAUAUCAAAUAGUGCAACAACAGAUAAUACUGAUAAUUCAAGUAUGUUUCCACCACAUGAUGAAUUCGAUCGGUCUCAUUCAAAUUCGGUUUCCAAUACUUUGACUAAUCAAGAAGAUUUGUUUGCUCCUCUACAAUCGACUAUUGAAAGCACAAAUAUACAAUCAAUAUCAUCUACUGAUGAUGAUACGGAAGUGGCUAAUUCAUUUCAUCAUGAAGAUUUAACAACAAAUAAAAAAAUUUUAUUUCCUAGAUUGCAAGUGCCUUCUGCACGUCACUUACAUCAACAGCAACCAAAAUGGACUUCUGUUAGUCCAUCAAUUGCUUCUAUUAAUCCAAAUUUCCGUAACAGUCCAAUAAUAUCUCAUGAGCAACCAAUGUCUCCAUUAACUCCUGAUACUAUAGAUCAAAUUCCACUUGCAAUUGCCUUUCAAGAAAUAAUUCAUGUUAUGAUGUCUGGAAAUAAUCAAGAAAAUUGGAAAAGUCGAAUUGUUGGUGAAAUGCUUAUUUCAUUUCCAGCUUCAAUUUUGAAUCUAUUUGUUGAUCCAUCACAUUUUUCAAAUAGAUUACAAUUUCGAUUGAAAAAUUUAGAUCAUAUUGAAAAUAUAACUGCAAAAUCUUCAUUAAUCGCACAAAAUGAAUCAUCAACAGAUUCAAAUGAUUCGAUUUAUUCAUUUGAUAUGACAGGAUUAUAUAAUGCUCUUCAAAAUUUACAAGAAAAAAAUCCUUCAUCACGUUUCUUCAAUCUUAAUGUGCUCAAUUAUGAAAUAAAACAUACAGAUGUAUCAAACAUUCCAAUUCAAAUGUCAUCAAAAUGGACGCGUACAUUUGAUACUAUUUCAGUAAAUAUAAAUUAUAGUUUCAAUAGUUCAGCUUUACCGAACUCAAUUCGAUUAAAUAAUGAUACUGUGAUAUGUUAUACGAUAAUCACAGAUGGACAAGAAAUAAAAGAAUCAUCACCGACCGCUGAAUGGUCUGUGGAUGAAUGUAAACUGUGGUGGAAAGUUCCAUAUGUAAACAAUGGAACAGGAAAUUUAUCAGCAACAAUAAUAACUGCACACAAGAAUACAAUUGAUAAUGAUAAUGAUCAACAACAGCAACAAGCGUUAACAGCAUCAUCGAUUGUGAAUGCUUAUUUUCUUGGUGAAAAUGCACUUUUUUCAUCAAUUGAUUUUGAACUUGCAUGUAAUGGAUAUCGAAUUUCAUUACUCAAAAAGAAAAUACUUAGCGGCAAAUAUCAGUCUGAGCCAGAUCAAACUGAACCAUUACAUUUAUUUCAACAUCCUAUCACAUCAUCUUCAUCAACUUUUUAA